AUGUCUCUGGCUACCCUCGAUACUACCCAGCACCCAUAUCUCCCCGCAGCGUCCGCGACACUCUUCCGAGCCAAGGCUGCGAGAAAGCUCAGCUUCGAAAAAAUUGGCGAGCAUCUCGGUCGCAAUGAAGUAGCUGCUGCGGCAAUUUUCUACGGCCAAGCCAAGGCAUCCCAAGAGGACAUUGAAAGACUGGCAACAUUGCUUGGGAUUCCCCAGCAGCCCCUGGAGGACCAACUAAGUGGCUUCCCUGAUCGUGGGCGCUCGGUAGAAAUGCCACCCAAAGAGCCCCUAAUCUAUCGACUCUACGAGAUUGUGCAGAACUAUGGCUACGCUUACAAGGCGGUUUUGAAUGAGAAAUUUGGCGACGGGAUCAUGAGCGCCAUCUCAUUCUCCACCAAGGUUGAGAAAGAAACCGACGAAGAUGGUAAUAACUGGGCUGUUAUCACUCUACGUGGCAAGUGGUAG